AUGUUUUACAGCCAUGUCAUACUAGCCGCGCUUUUGGCCCACUGGGUCUCUGCUUCUGGCCUUGGCUGCUAUUCGUCCAUAGACACCUCCAACUCAAAAGGCUACAAUCAGUACCAGACAUCGUCGCUGUGCGCGCAGGCUUGUGGAAAUGACUACCCGUAUGUGGCGGUUAAAAACGGUGGCUACUGUUUUUGUCUCCUGUCCAUGCCAACAGAUGAAACAGACUCAUCCGACUGCAACGUUAAGUGUAACGGUUACGGUACCGAUAUGUGUGGAGGCGCAUCGGCAUACACGGUAUUCCAAGGCCAGGGGAACGACGACGGUGCUGCUGCCGUAAGCGGCAGUGCGGGUGCCAGCCUGGGCGUCAACCUGAACCUGGCUCUGGCUGCAACCAGCUCAAAUGCUGUAAAUUCUUCGCCGCUGACGUCGGCAACCUCUUCCUCGGACGCUAGCACUACGCUGGAUGCAGCCACGUCGCUGCCUGAUUCUUCCAUAACUUCAACUAGUGGGCAGUCUCUGGUGACUGUCAUUGUGACUACAUCUGCUCUGGGCGAGUCGGGCUCGGCCGCAGUCAAAACCGUGACGAAAACGUCCGGCCCGCUGGCCUCUGCCUCCGCAUCUUCUGGAUCUGGCCACUCUCUGAACAAAAAGAGCAGCAACACAGGCGCCAUUGUGGGCGGUGUUGUGGGCGGCAUCGGAGGUGUAGCUGUCUUGGCAGCCGCCGUGUUCUUUUUCAUGCGCCGGCGCUCUGACGAUGACGACAACGAGGAAGAGUUGUACGAGAAGAGCACGGGCGGUGUGAGCCGUGGUGGCACGUCCAAGGGAAGCACCGUUAACCCUGUGUUUGACACGCCUAUGGCCAACCCAUUCCUGGAUGCAUAUGCGGACAAGCGUGCAAGCAACGCAGUGCCGCCGCUUUCGGAUCCACGCCUCAAUCCAGUGAUGAUGGGCCGGCGGCGGAUCCUGGAAGGCUCACUAGCCGACGAAACGGACUACUCGCGCAAGAUUCUAGCGGUGGCUAACCCAUAG